AUGCGUUUCUCCGUUAUCGCCGUUUCCAUGUUCGCUGGUGCCGCUAUGGCUGCCACCUCCACUGACUACGUCACUGAGGAAGUCACCAUCACCUCCUGCGCUGCCACCGUCACCAACUGCCCAGCUCGUAGCACCCAGGUUUCCACCACUGUCUACCCAAAGCCAUCUACCACUGAUGCUUCCGGUUCCUCCGUCACCCCAGGUAGCCAGCCAUCCAACAGUGCUCCAGCAGCCUCCAGUGUUCCAGGAGGAGGCUCUCCAGCUUCAAGUGCUCCAGGAGGAGGCUCCCCAGCUUCAAGCGCUCCAGGAGGAGGCUCCCCAGCCUCAAGUGCUCCAGGAGGAGGCUCCCCAGUUUCAAGCGCUCCAGGAGGAUCCGUCCCAUCCUCAAGUGCACCAGCGGGUUCCUCCCCAUCCAGCGCUGAAGGAGUUUCCACCGUUCCAGGAGGCUCUGUUCCAUCUUCAGGAGUUCCUUCCUCCCCAGCUGGCAGCGUCCCAACCAGCAUUGCCGGUAUUCCAGGUGGAUGCAACCCAGCUCACGAAGGAUCUUGCCCAAGUUCCUACUUCAGCACCUCCACCGUAACACCAGGUGCUCCUUCCUCCCCAGCUGGCAGCGUCCCAACCAGCAUUGCCGGUAUUCCAGGUGGAUGCAACCCAGCUCACGAAGGAUCUUGCCCAAGUUCCUACUUUAGUACUUCCACCGUAACACCAGUCAACACCUUCACCCCAAUCUACGUCAGCCCAUCCGCCUCCGUCAGCUCUGCCGUCGGUAUUCCUUCCGUCCCAGCUGGUUCCGUCUCCGUCAUUGCCAUCACCACCUGUAUCCCAACCGUCAUCUACUCCACCGUCACUGGAGGAGUUGAGACCGCCACUGCAGGUGUCCCAGGUAGCCCAAGCUCCCCAAGCUCCCCAAGCUCUCCAGGUUCCCCAGGAUCUCCAGGUUCCCCAGCCAAGCCAUCUUCCACUGGAUACAUCACCGUCCCACACAACGUUUCUACCCCGACCACCUCCACCCCAGCUGUCUUCACCGGUGCUGCUAGCAACGUUCAAGUUGGAGGUGCUGCCGUCGCAGCCGUUUUCGGUUUCGCUGCCUUCUUCUUGUAA